AAAUCUUCUCACAGGCUGCCAUUGCUUCAAGUUUUGUUCUGCUGAUCUUCUCUCGUGUUGAAAGCCAUGGACAAGGUCUGGGACCUCAAGGUGCACGUCGAUGGCCGUCACACGCUUCUUCUCCACCAGAGCGUCAUGUGCGCCUUCUCGGGGAGGCUGAGGGCAAUGGCGACGCGGGAGACGAAGGCCAAGAGCGGAGGAGGAGCAGAGGCGGCGUCAAUGUGCGUCGACCUCGCGGGCUUCCCUGGAGGCGGUGAGGGGUUCGACCUCGUGGCACAGUUCUGCUACAGCAAUGGCCGCCUCCCGCCGCUCCGCCCCUCCGACCUCCCGCUCGUGCACUGCGCCGCCGCGUUCUUGGAGAUGACCGAGGAGGUGCGCGCCGGCAACCUCCUCGCCCAGGCGGAGGCCUUCGUGGACGUCGGGCUCUGCUACUGGAGCUGGGCCGACGUGCUCGCCGCCGUCAAGAGCUGCGAGGCGUUAGGAGCGGACGUCUCCGGCCUCCGAGCGAAGCUCCUCUCAGCUCUGUUCUCGAGGAUCGCCGAAGGCGCAGAGACGUCGAACAGCUCCUCGUCAUCGUCGCCAGACACGGCCGGCGGCUCCAGCGGGCGGCCGUCAUCCGCCAAGACGCCGGAGUCGGUGAAGCGGUCAUGCUUGGGGGGCGGCGGCAGGGAGUGGUGGUUCGAUGACAUGGCGUCUCUAUCCCCGCCGACCGUCGAGCAGGCCAUGCAACUGCUGGGCUGCUACGGCGUGGACAACAAGAACCUCACACUGACGCGGUUCCUGCUGCACUACCUCCCCCGCGCCGCGGCGCUCCGCAAGGUCGACGACUCGGGAAGCCUGGUCGGACUCGCCGACACGGCCGUGCACGGGGUGGCGCACUCCGGCGGCGGGGCGGCGUUCUCCUGCAGAGGUCUCUUCUGGGUUCUGCGGAUCGUAUCAGCCGUGGGCCUGAGCAAGGAAUGCAGGCGAAAGAUGGAGGCGCUGGUGGGGCAGAUGCUGGACCAGGCCACGCUCGACGACCUCCUCGUCUCCGGCGAUGGCAGCGGCGUGUACGACGUCGGCCUGGUCACGAGGCUCGUCAGGGUUUUCGUGAGCUCCGUGGGCGAGGAGGAGGCCGGCUGCUCGUCGGAGAAGAUGAGGAAGGUGGGGAGGCUGAUGGACAAGUACCUGGCGGAGAUCUCGCCGGACCACGGGCUGAGGGUGUCCAGGUUCCUCGCCGUCGCAGAGAGCCUGCCGGACUCCGCCAGGGACUGCUACGACGGCGUGUACAGGGCAGUGGACAUCUACCUCGAGUCUCACGCCGAGCUGACUAUCGAGGAGUGCGCAACACUGUGUCGGUGCCUCAACUACAAAAAGCUGACGCUGGAGGCAUGCAAGGACCUGACCAGGAACCGACGGAUUCCAACAGGGGUCUCCGUACAGGCACUGUCCUUACAACUGCAGCCCAAUGCGCUCCGGCUCCUCUCGUCGUCGUCGAUUUCGAGAUGGGUUGUGGCAGACGGCGAGAAGAAGGAGGCGCUGAGGCUGAGCCUGCGGCGAAUGCAGGGCCGGCUGACAGAGCUGCAGAUGAGUUGCAAGGGGACGAGAGGGAAGACAAGGGCGUCGUCUGGGAUGGCGGCCAAGGGCAGCAAGUCCUUGGGCGGGAGGGGCUUGCCUUGGAUGUGCUAGCUGCUAGAUAUGGAGUAAUGCUCCGAAAGUACCUUUCUACACCUGAGCUCAUAUGCUCCUGGUGUGAACAGUACACUAAAUAAAAUAUAAAAACAUUUUAAAAAAUUCUGAAAUUUUUUUAUGGCAUACUUUAAGAAGUGUUUGUUGUGCAUGCAAAAUUUCAUCAUGAAAUCGCAUUCAUGGAAGUCGUGGCAAAAAAAACAAAAUCAGAGCUCCAAAAUGCGUUUGAAAGUAACAUUUACAGAGUAUCGAUUUUGUUUUUUUACCAUGCCUUCCACCAAUGUCAUUUCGUGAUGAAAUUUUGCAUGCACAACAAGCAUUUCUUAAAGCAUGCCACAAAUUUUUUUCAGAUUUUUUUGAAACGUUUUUCUAUUUUAUUUAUUUUACUGUUCACGGCAGGAGCAUAUGAGCUCAGGUGUAGAAACUCCACGUCCGUAAUGCUCUCCUUUCUUUGCGCGGUGAGGCUAUCACGUUCACGUACCGUGCCUCUUUACUCCGUCACAUGAUCCUUUUGUAAAGUUGUUUUGUUGUGUGGUAUUUUUGGCUUCUGUUGUAUUGGUUGCUGAUUGUAAGUGA